UUACACAGAAGAGUAAAUUACAAUCAUUUUUGCACAGCUAGAACAUUUCAUUGUCUUUUCAUUUGGCAGCAGGUUCGUUAGAACAAAACUAUUUACACUAACAAGUCCAUAUUGCAGUUCGUAGAAGAAAACACAUGCCAUAAAUUUUCCUUCGUUAGACAGCAAAUGUACUCGUAGGUAGGUAUAGGUAGAAUUCGAAGCUGGGAACAUCCUAACAUAGGUUUAGGAAAAUGACGAUCGUCAUAUUGGGUGUAAUAUUGAAACUGCUUACGUGAAGUGUACGAAUUGUUCUUCGUAAAAUAUGAAAAAUAAUAUAAUAUGGAGUGUUUUCUCGAUAGCCAGUUCCUUAAGCUUGGUUUAUUGCAGUCCUGUUGCAGAAUCUGGUCAUACAAAUACUAGUAAUGGUUAUAAACUUGAAAUUAUAUCGAAAAAUGACCCAAAUUCGGGACCGAUAAAUUCGAAAGGUUUCUUGGAUAAAUUGGACUUUUCAGCACUUUAUAACACCGUAGUAAAAGAUGUAGUUCCAGCAUUACUUCAAACGCACGAAAAAGGAUCCCCCGCAGGGAAAGAAACCAAGCAUCAGCUUAGUACAUCGAUAACAGAAAGCUUAACGAAGGUACGGGCUCAACAUUUUAACAUAUUCAUCCGGAAAUUCGGUAACGUUACGUAAUCCCUUUUCAAAGCGUGUAGAGAUAAUUGAUUCGGGUUAUUUAUUAUGAAAUAGAGACGACAUUUACGACAGUACAUAC